AUGCUGCCAUCUUUCGCCAUUCCUUAUAUGUCAUCAUCCUUUUGCCAUUCCUUAUUUGCGAUCAUAUUUUUACCAUUUAUUAUAUGCCAUCAUUCAUCACCAAUCCUUAUAUUCCUUAUAUGCCGUUAUCCUUUUACCAUUCCUUAUAUAUCAUCAUCCUUCGCCAUUUCUUAUUCUUUAUAUGCUAUCAUCCUUCACCAUUCCUUAUAUAUCUUCAUCUUUUACCAUUCCUUAUAUACCAUCCUUUUUUUACCAUUCCUUAUAUGCCAUCAUCCAUCACCAUUCCUUAUAUGUCAUCAUCCUUUACCAUUCCUUAUAUGUUAUCAUCCUUUUACCAUUCAUUAUAUGCCAUUAUCUUUUUGCCAUUCAUUCCUUAUAUGCCAUCAUCCGUCACCAUUCCUUAUAUGCCAUCAUCCUUCACCAUUCCUUAUAUGUCAUCAUCCUUUUACCAUUCCUUAUAUGCCAUCAUCUUUCACCAUUCCUUAUAUGUCAUCAUCCUUUUACCAUUCCUUAGAUGCCAUCAUCCUUCACCAUUCCUUAUAUGUCAUCAUCCUUUUACCAUUCCUUAUAUGCCAUCAUCCUUCACCAUUCUUUAUAUGUCAUCAUCCUUUUACCAUUCUUUAUAUGUCAUCAUCCUUCAUCAUUCCUUUUAUGCCAUCUAUAAUUGUCCUGCAUCCAUUUGCUUAA